AUGAGAUCCUACGAAAUUAGUUUCCUGAACGAAUGCGAAUUAGAACCGUAUGAAACAAAAAUAGAUACUUGUAUAAAACAACUCAAACAAAUAAUUGAAUGUGACUGUGAGCAAGAUGACAGGAAGAAAAGUGUUCAGAUUCUGUUCGAUAAAUACCAAAAGGCGACCACGAAAAUGGUGUUGGCGCUACUCGAGUUAACGGUGGCUAAAGGCUUCUUGCCGAUCCAACAUUGUACCACUGGGGCACAGGCUCCCCAACCCGAUCGUAAGAAAGCAAGAGAGUGGGAGGAAAAGCGUUCGCGUAGGCAAAUAAACAUCAAUCGACCUACAAUUGCAGGCAUCAACGGGAUCAUAAACGGAAAUAUAAACGGCGGAAUUUUUACUGGAUUAUCAGAAAGGACUACAUUAAAGAGAGAUCGAGAAAAGGACUACGAUAUAGUCACAAAACGAACAAAAAUUGACGAUGAGAAUGUUCAAUGGCCCUGUAUCCAAGCUCACAUACCUCCUUUGAGAGUUGUCUCUCCUCCAAACAGCUAUCUUUGCAGCACCCAGCAGGAAUUAAUUAAUCACAUUUCGAAAUGUUUUACUUCUUCAAUUCCAGCUGUAGGAGCAAAGCGUAAUGAGCACUAG